AUGAACACAUUAGCGGUAUACAAAGGCUCCGCAGGUGGGUCGGCGAUUAAUCACAGUGAGGAAUUCAGCGGGGGCGGAGGCGGCGCGACUGCCCUAGUGCCGCCUCGGGAGCCCGACGUGGCGCACGGCCGCCCCUCGCUCGGAACACAUGCCCCGCAGCACACCCCUACAUAUCUUUCAAACACGUACAUAAAGAAACGUAAACUUUUAGAGGCGAGCAAAGUUCGCGUGCUUAUAACUACUGAGGGCGGUGCGGACUUUCGCAAAUCAUUCAGUAAUUUGAGCAAAACGACGCCUUGA